AUGGAAAAAUUAUUACAUUGGACAAUUGCACAACAAUCAGGGGAUAAAGCAGCUCUUGAAAAGAUUGGAGAACCCGACCAAAAGGCACUUAAUCAAUUAUUUGGUGGUCCCGAUGAAGCCACAUUAAUGAAGGAAAGUAUAAAAGUUGUUGAAUCAACCGAUGUUUCAUUAGAAGAUAAAGAGAUUGCCUUGGAAAAUUUCGAAAUGUUGAUUGAAAAUUUAGAUAAUGCAAAUAAUAUUGGUAAUUUGAAAUUAUGGAAUCCAUUGAUUGACAUUUUAGCUAAAGAAGAUACCCCUGUUGAAUUGAAAGUACUUAUUUGUGGAAUAAUUGGAACCGCUGUACAAAACAACCCCAAAUCUCAAGAAGAUUUCAAUGAAACUGAAGGAUUGAGUGAAUUGAUAGAAUUAGCACAAGAUGACAAAAAAUUUGAAUUACAACUGAAGGCAUUGUUUGCUAUUUCUUCAUUUAUCAGAAAUUUUCAACCUGGAUAUGCAAAGUUUGAGAAAUUGCAAGGUUUGAAACUCAUUAAUUUUGAUAACAAGAACAACAAGUAUCAAUUGAGAAUUUUAUCAUUAAUAUCAUCCAUUUUGAGUAAUGGGUUAGACGAUAGCUUGAAAGCACAAUUCAAAGAAGCAAAAUUACCUCACUAUUUAGCCUCGGUAUUGAAUGAGGAUUCAAACACUAGUUUGGUGGACAAAUCUUUAAACAUUGUUUCUCAAUUGAAUCAAUUAAACUAUGAGUUUAGCUUAGAAGAAAAAUAUGAAAUAAAUAGAGGAAUCCAAGUGGUUGAAGGGUUGAGUGAGAAACUUAAUAUUGAUGAUCUCAAUAAUGCCAAACAGGCCACAUCCUCUUAG